GUACGGCGGCGGGGGAACGCUUUGGCGGGGACACAGGGCCGCUUGGAGGCCGCCACGAUGCUCCCUUCCUUGCAGGAAUCUCUGGAUGGAGAUGAAAAGGAGCUAGAGAGCAGCGAAGAGGGUGGCUCUGCCGAGGAGCGGAGAUUCGAGCCGCCGCCCAGCAGCCACUACUGUCUCUACAGCUACCGCGGAAGCAGAUUCGCCCUGCAGCGAGGGGACAGUGGUGAUGAUGGAAGCCCAAGUGGCUCAAAUGCAGACACUCCCUCUGGUGAUGAUUUCAGCCUCUCUUUGGCGGAUACGAAUCUACCAUCUGAAGUGGAGCCGGAGCUGCGCAGUUUCAUUGCUAAGCGUCUUUCGAAGGGAGCAGUCUUUGAAGGGCUGGGUAAUGUUGCAUCUGUGGAGCUGAGAAUUCCAGGUUACCGGGUCGGUUGUUAUUAUUGCCUUUUCCAACAAGAAAAACUGCUUCCUGAAAUGGCAACAAGGGACUCUGAACAUAAGCCUUCAGAAUAUGUGGUCUGUUUCUUAGGAGGGUCUGAAAAAGGACUUGAGCUUUUCAGGCUUGAAUUGGACAAGUACAUUCAAGGGCUGAAAAAUAACAUAAACUGUGAGGAAAGAGGCCUGGAAAACCACAUAAAGUCCUACCUGAGCAGCUGGUUUGAGGAUGUUGUAUGCCCAAUCCAGCGGGUAGUUCUUCUCUUUCAGGAGAAGCUGACCUUUCUGCUACAUGCCGCUCUGAGUUAUACUCCUGUUGAGAUUAAAGAAUCAGAUGAAAAAACAAAGAGAGACAUUAACAGGUUUCUGAGUGUGGCUAGUCUUCAAGGCCUUCUUCACGAGGGCACCAUGACAUCCUUGUGCUUGGCCAUGACGGAGGAGCAGCAGAAGUCUGUGGUCAUCGAUUGCAGUAGUUCCCAGCCUCAGUUCUACAAUGCGGGAAGCAACCGGUUUUGUGAGGAUUGGAUGCAGGCUUUUUUGAAUGGUGCUGAAGGAGGUAACCCUUUUCUUUUUCGACAAGUACUGGAGAACUUUAAACUAAAGGCGAUACAAGAUACAAAUAAUUUGAAGAGAUUUAUUCGACAAGCAGAAAUGAAUCAUUAUGCUUUGUUUAAAUGUUACAUGUUCCUAAAGAACUGUGGUAGUGGAGAUACCCUUUUGAAGAUUGUUAAAGUGGAACAUGAAGAAAUGCCCGAAGCCAAAAAUGUGGUAGCUGUCCUUGAAGAAUUUAUGAAAGAAGCUCUUGCGCAAGGUUUUUGAUCAUGGGUUUUGAGAUAACUGUAUUGUGAAGUUGUGUAUUCCAGCAUUGGUGUUUGAAAUUGCAAUAGUUAUAAUUGUCAUAGGAUUGCUGUUUACGAUUAUUUGAAAUGAGUUCUAGAUUUUUUCAUUUUGUACUCUUAAAAUUUGACUUAAUUAGACAUGAAAAUCUGAGGAACAUCUUCCCUGAGUCCUAGAUAGUUGUAUGUUAGAGUUGUGGAAUUUUAGUACAUUGCUGGUCCCAUAAAUUCUAGACUUCAGGGAGUUGUUGCUUGAAAAACUUCAGAAGUGAUUUAGUGGCUUCUCUCAGGAGUCUGCUGUAGUAUUUAGCCAUCUUUCUUCUCAGAAAAAUCGUAAUACUUCUUUCUCAAUGUACUAUAUAUAGCUUCUUUAAACAAGUGUACUCCUCGUCUUAGGACACAUUAGCAUCGUGACACCGUUUCAAAGACAGAUCUGUGCAUCCUGUGGGAGCUCGAUAGACUUUUUUUUGUCUGGUUGAUAAUGGCGUGGAUGAUGAAGCCAGCUUUUAAGUCAAUAUGCAGAUAAAUCGUAGUGUGUAACAAAUUAAAUGAGCUUUAAAACAAUAGAUGCACUUGCUUCAAGAUAAAACAUCAUCUCUGAUGGAGAGCUACUGGAGAAGUGGCCCGCAUCACUUCUUGUCAUUCAUUUGUUCACAGGUAGUAUUUUAGUUCACAGAGCCUGUAUUUUUUCCUUUUAUAUAAAAAUGCUGGAGUUUGUAAACAGAAUGUUAAAAACGAAACAAAGUACAUACAUUUUACAAGCUGUAACAUAAAGAACACUAACAGAUUCUUCAUA